UCUCCGUGUGGAGAGGUGCGCGCCGGGCCUUUGCGCCGCACGGCGAAAGGGGGCCCCGUUCGCUUGGUGUUUGCUGCAUGUUCUCAGCGCCCGCGCCCCUGCGCCAGUAUUGGGGGCGCGGGGCAUCGUGCCCCGUCGCGCCCGCCCUUAUUCAUUGGGGCCCCCCGUGCGCGCUUUCUUUUGUGUUCUGUGGCGCCGCCGGAGUGCAAGGGCAGCCCGGCAUCGCCCGGCCGUCCUAGUAUGGCGCCGCGCCCCUGCGGGGUCCGCGGCCGAAUGCCAGUCCUGCCUCAGUCGGGGCAGUAUGUGGCUGCGCCCGGGUACAUCGCAUAUGCGGCCCGGCAUUUUUGCAGACGCAUGUGCUCGCAGGCGCCCCAGGUUGCGGUUUGCCUCGAUUUGAAUACACACUCGCUGUUCUUAUUCGGCGUAGGCAUUGACAGCGUGACUGCGCCCUGACUCUGCCGUGGAGCAUGUUAAUGACCACGGGAACCUGGUGCGCAGCCAUAUCUGAUGUUGUCCAUAGCAAAGAACAU